AUGGGAUCUGCGGUCCUCUUCGUGCUCCGCCUCUGCCUCGUGACGUCAUCAGUGAGUGCCGGACUGGGCGGGGCCCGCCAAGGUGGCGCUGCGCAGUGCCCUCUGCAGUGCGUGUGUGAGACGCGGCCCUGGUACACCCCACAGUCCAUGUAUCACCAGGCCAGGACGGUCGACUGUAACGAACUCCACCUGCAGAAAGUACCAGCCAACAUUUCAUCUGACACACAGGUAACUAUGACGACACACAGUUCAGUUUCACAGAGUGGAAGCUAGUUAGCCAAGCUUGCUAAUCUAAAUGAUACAGAAAUGUCUGAAAACCACUCUGUGCAGGUGAGCUCUAUGGGUCUCUCCUCUCUGGACCGGCUGGUGACUCUCUACCUGGAGGAGAAUCACAUUGAGGAGUUGGAGGACUUCAGUCUGAGGAACCUGUCCAGCCUGGAGGAGCUCUACAUCAACCACAACCACAUCUCCUCCAUCGGACCCAAAGCCUUCAGCGGCCUCACCAACCUGCUGCGGCUCCACCUGAACUCCAACCAUCUGGUGGCCAUUGACAGCCGCUGGUUUGAGUCCCUGCCGUCCCUGGAGAUCCUGAUGAUCGGGGAGAACCCCAUCCUAGGUCUGGAGGAGAAGAACUUCCUGCCUCUGUCCCGCCUCCACAGCCUAGUGCUAGCUGGGAUGGGAUUGGCCUCUGUCCCUUCCGCCGCCUUCCUGGGCCUUGACUACCUGGAGAGCCUCUCCUUCUACGACAACCAUCUCAGGUCUGUUCCCCGGGAUGCUCUGAGCGUGCUCCCUAACUUGAAGUUCUUGGACCUGAACAGAAACCCAAUCAGCCGAGUCCAGCAGGGAGAUUUCCAGAACCUUCAGCACCUAGAGGAGCUCAGUCUGAACAACAUGGAGGAGCUGCUGAUGGUGGAGCGAGCAGCUUUCCACAACCUUCCAGAGAUUGCCAAACUGGAGGUCUGCAACAACCCAAGACUGUCCUACAUCGACCCGCAGGCCUUCAGUGACCUGUCCUCCCUCCGGACUCUCCUCCUCCAUAAUAACCAGCUCAGCCUCCUCUCUGGAGACCUCUUCUCCUCCCUCCCCUCACUGGAAGAGGUGUCUCUUCACUCUAACCCCCUGCGAUGCGACUGUCUUUCCUCCUGGGGGCCUCACCUUGGCAACCAAUCACAUCUCAAGCUGCUGGAGUCGUCCGUCACUCUCUGCUCCUCCCCACCUCACCUGAUUGGUCGGGAGCUGCAGGAGGUGGUGGCUGUCGGAUGGGGCGGGGCCAGCGCGGGCAGGGCCAACAGCUGCCUGCCUCACAUCUCUCCUCACUCCUUCCCACCGGCCAUGAACAUCAGCGCUGGGCAGCCAAUCACACUGGAGUGCUGGGCGGAUGCUGACCCUGCCCCCCAGUUCUACUGGGUUACGCCCACUGGAGACAAGGUGAGCUCAGAGGCAGUGGCUGCACCAAUCAUAUCAGAGGAGGGGCGUGGCCUGAGCAGGAAGAAGAAGAAGCAUCGUGUGUCGGACCCUGGAGCAUUGGUGAUCGAACACGCCGAGCCAUCAGAUGCAGGUGUUUACACCUGUGUAGCGUGGAACGUGGAGGGAGCAGACACAAAGAGUGUCUCGGUGUUUGUGGACUCUCAGGGGUUUCUGGGCUGGUGGUCGGGCGGGGGAACCAGGCAGGAUGGUGACCCCAGCAGAGAGCAGCCGUGGCUGGGGAGCUCGUACAGCCCUGCAGCCUCUCUGGUGGUGCUGGCUAAGGUGGUUCACGCCCAGUCAGUGGUGUUGGAGUGGAAGUUGUAUCCCAGUGGAGCAGCUUUGUCUUUGGGUCCGAACCAGCAGGACGCCCCCCUCCCUCUGCCCCGGUGGACCAGUGCCACCCUGCACAUUGACAACCCUCAGAUCAGCUACACCGCCAAGGUCCCAGUAGAUGUUCAAGAGUAUAAUCUUACUCACCUCCUUCCUGCCACAGAGUACCGCGUCUGCCUCACCGUCUCCUCCUCUCCUCCCUCCCCCACCUCCUCUCCCAGCUCCUCCCCCGACCCCAUCUCUCCCCUCUCCUCCCCUUCCUCCCCCUCCUCUCCUGUCCACACCUCCUGUCUGAAUGUCACCACUAAGGAGGCAGGUUUCUCGGUGGAGCUGGUGGCAUCGCGGCGCAGCAGCGUGGCGCUGGCGGCCGUCAUGGGCUCCAUGUUCGCUCUGUCCAUCAUGGCUCUGCUGGUGGUCUACAUGGGCCGCCGUGUGCAGCAGCACAAGUCCUGCGGCCACUCGCUGAAGAAGUACAUGCAGCACGCCACAUCCAUCCCUCUGAACGAGCUGUACCCGCCUCUCAUCACGCUGUGGGAGAGCGAGGCGGAGAAGGACAAAGACGACAAGGAGGAGGAAGAGGUGAGGGCGGGAGGAGAGAGGGAGGAGGAGGCAGGGGGGAGUCAGAUCGACACGACGAAGACGUACAUGUGGUAGCCGGAGGAGGGGGGAGGUUUUAAGCCACAGAAAGACAGACAUUCAAGGGGGGGUUUAUGGAGGAACGAGGAAGGAAAGAAGAGAAACUGGAUGGAUGGAAGCAAAGAGGGAGGUCAUGUGACUCCGCGAAGAGCCUGACAGUCAAACGGAAGGGUAAAAUUAUAUCUACGUGACCAUAACAAACACAUCUGGCCACUGAGAAAGAGAGGGAGGAGAUAACUGAUGGAAAGAGAUUAAAUGACUGAACAACAGGAGGAUAAAAACAGCCCGAAACACGAAACGUCACCCAUCAAAUUCCCCCUCAAAGGACCAUUCUGGUCUUUUUUCGUUAGCCCAUUAAUUGCAAAUCCUGCGUCCAUCACAUUCCUGCUGAUCAUUUUGCAAAUCAUCCACCAGUUUUCAGAGUGAUCUCCUUCCUUCCAGGCGGCCGUCGGUGUCACUGCAUUCCUGUGAAAGUUAAUCUGCAGAGGGAUCGUCUGUUAAGAUCAGAGAUUAGUUCAUUUUAUUCACCGUCAAAGUUUGUUCUCGUCAUGUGCUGACUGGGCCUAGAGCAGCUGUUGGUGAGUUCACAGUCACUUUAUUCCUCACGUUCAUUUAAAAGCAGCAAAUGGCCGGGAAGCAGCAAACAGAGAAGCAAACAAUGCAGGUUUGCCCACGUUUUAUGAGGAAGGAAACAGGAAUCACAAAAUAGGGCAAAUAGGGCAUAAACUCCUCAGGGAGCUUUAAUUUUAUUUUACCUUCACCUUACUUAAAAGUACCAAGGAGUUAAAAGAUCAAAAGACAACUGUCUCCCCGAUGGCUGAGAGAUCUGUGAGUAGUUGAAAUCAGACCAUAAAAUUGGUCUUAAAGUAAACAGGUUUUGUGCUUAAUGGGCUAAAAUAUUUAAAACAAAAACACCAGUGUGUUUCUGUCCUUUGUUCUUUUCAUCACUUCAAGCUUCCCGCGAACUUUCCUCAGAGCUUCGGAUAUUACUCCGUCGAACCCCGGCAGCCGGACGUCCUGGGGAGAGAUCAGACGGUCGAUGGAUUUGUUUUCCCUCAGAAGUGUUUCUCAAACUGAAGGUUGGGGGCCUGUAAUUUUGGCCGUCAGCUGGUUUAAACAGGAUGAUUCUUUCUCCAGUAGCUUCUGAGGAGACUUUUCAGAGCAGGUGAAUUGUAGACCUGUGAGUGCCGGUGUUUUCUACUUUCAGAUUCCAUCUCCUUCCUCUCUUUCUCGUUUCCUUCCUGUCACUUCCUCCUCUGUCCUCUUCGCCCCGUCUCCUCUCUCUCAAGCACACUGACAGUAGCUGUACUGUAAAACAAAUCUGAUUAUUGUAAUUUAGUUCAUCUGAUGAACACGAAUGCAGCACUGACACUCAGCACAGCCAGCCAUGUGGAAUAUCUCACUUUAAACGUUCUCAGAUCUGCACUUAAAGGUCCCGUAUUCAAAUCUAGUUUUUCUGGACAGAAGCUUUACGCAUUGCAAAAGUAUUUAAGAAAAAAAUGUUGAAAUAUUAAACUUUCAUUUGACAUGUGGGCAGAAGACAGGGAUGUCCACUCCCUCCCUAUUAUCUUGGAACCGUUUGCUGCAGCUCAAACAUCCAAACUGCAAACCUCCAACAUAGACGUGUGACUGUUAGGCUGACUGACUAAACUGUUUAGUUAAGAACCAAAUAUCGUCCUUUUGACAAACAGCCUUUAAAUCCUUAAGCCGUGGCUUCAGUGUCACUUAUUUCUUUUCUUAUUUAUGACUUGUGUCUUAUUGUCCUUAUAAUGAGAUUAACAACCAUCCUAAAUAUUUUACUCAGCACAAGUAAACGGAGGAAAGACACGAUAUGUCUUUGUUGCAUACAUCAAACUAUAUGCAGAUGACAUUAUUUAAAAAGUUUGUGUUAUUCGUAUGAAAUCUUCAAAUCUGCAGGAAUAACUACCAACAGUCUGAUUUCUUUAUUAGGUGUAAAUAUAGAAACAGGGAUGAAAUCACAGGAAACCAAACUCUGCGAGACGUUCUGCUGCCGGUGGACGAGGUUCCUCAGAGAAACCAGAGAACGAGGAGAAUUUAGCUCCACGCUGACGAGAGCAGACAGAGGAGGCGAUCGUAGGCUGUGGAUCACAUCAGCGUCAGAUUUAUUCUGGUCAUUUGUUCCUACCAAAUGUUCAGAUGCAAAAUAAUCGACUAAAACUACUCUUCAUCAUAAGUCGUAUUCUUCUUCUUCUUCGUCUCCUUAUUGGUUUUAUGCGUAUUAUUAUUCUCCUCGGCUCCGUUUCUGUGCUGCUGUCAUCUAGGAUCUUCUGACAUUUAUGAAAUGUUUUAGGUCAAAACAGAUUUGAUGAAUGCUUUUUGUUCUUAGAGCCCCCAACAUGAUUUGUGUCCGAUGUGGUUUUACCU